AUCUAAUAAUAACUAUCAGUAUUUUAUCAGAUGCAGUUUGACUUCUUUGUUAACUUAUUUUACUUUUCAUUUCAACUCUUUUGCAGCAGUAGCGAUUUACAAAACAGUCAACUAUCUUGAUUCCCUGUGAUUGAACAGUGCGAAAUAAGACAACUUCAUUAUCAACUAUUCGUUGGUCUAGAUCAAAGAGUCUACUAAGCAAAGAUUAAAUCUCACUUCUGACAAGAUAAUCAUUGAAGAGAGGCCUCUUAUUAUAUUAAUCUUGGCUACCAAGAGUAAAGAGUUUACUCUUUGGUCUAGAUUAUACUUUAGUUAUGCAACUUUGCACCAGUUUUACCCUUCUUUUGAUUCUUUGUGCCAACAUUAUUGGAAGAGUUCACAGUGAGGGUCCAACAAGCCACAGUGUAAAUGUAAAUUUAAUUGAUCGACAAAUUCAUUUGGUAACUUCGGGAUUUUCAAGUGUCUUUUGGAAUUAUAUAAGAAGUUCUAAUGGUUCGUUGGAUAGUGUUUCAAGUCAAUGCUCAUCUCAUCUGAGUAAGCUCAUUGAAUCAUCACUCAAAGGUCAUCCUUUGGCAUUCAAAUUUUUAUCCUUAUCUGGAUCCCGCCCUAAUAACUUUCUCGAUGCAACUUAUGCUGCUUUCGGUUCUUAUGAUUCAUGUCUUGCCAUUUCACCAUUUCAUGAGGAUAAAGAUGAUCAAACAAUCAAAGGAAAAUACUGUUUAACAUCAUUGGAACCUGAUUUACACAGAAAUGGUCAAUCAAAUGGUCAAAUUCUUAGUCAAUUAUAUCCCCAUCAUUUCGAUGCAGAAUUCAAUUUUACAAUAAAAGUUGGGUUCUGUGUUCCUUCAGUUUGUUCACAAAAUGAUGUUCAACAAAUUAUAACUCAAGCUUUCACCGAGUAUUCAUGGAAAUUAGUUGAUGUCCAUUCAUGUGAGGUUGAAACUAACUUCUUUGAUAGACUAAAGUCAGCAAAUAAAGGACAACAAUUUUUCUUAUGGCUGCUGGUUACUCUAGUCUGUGUUGUCAUGAUGGCAACUUACAUGGAUUUAAAAGGCCGAUCAACUGUAGAUGAGAGAUCUUCUCUUUUCUGGGUCCAGCAGUUUUCAGCGAAAAAAAGUGUCAAAAGUCUUUUUCGUAAGCCCGAUGCUGGUUCGAGAAUAACAAUCUUGGAUAGUUUAAGAUUAACUACACUCAUUAUUGUUGUGGUUUCUCAUGCUACCAUGUGGUACACGGUUAUUAGUUCAACUUUUCUCGUCGAGGACAAUCAAUACGUACUCGAUUUAUUAUCAAAAUUUUAUUUGCAGCCGGUGGUUAAUGAUUGGAUAACGGAAGGUCUCUUCUUCCUCGGAGGUGUAGGUUCAGCUAUUACUUUAUUGCGUAAAAUGAAACCUGAAACACCAGCGACUCAAUAUUUGAAUGUCAUCAUCCGUCGAGCUGCUUUGUUGAUUCCUCUUUUGAUCCCAGCGAUCGCACUCGAAGUAAUUUUACCACUUGUUGGAUCUGGACCAAUCUAUCAAUCAAUUAACCAAUACAGAUCGAAUGUUUGCCUUAAAAAUUUCUGGAUGAAUUUAUUGCACAUCCAAAAUUAUCGUUCAGGAUUGGAAAUGUGUGCUUUGGCGACUUGGUCGAUUGCAGUUGAAUGGCAACUCUUUGUAUUUGCUUGUAUUUUGAUUUACAUCUACAAGCGUAACAAUCGUUUAGGAUUAACAUUGAAUAUCUUAACGAUUCUAUUCGGAUUAUACCGUGUUAUCGUGAUCUUCUCGAAACAUGACGCAUUGCCUCAUCCGGUUAUGAUUGGAAAGCAUUUUAGGGACAUCCUUGAUCGAGGGAACUAUUAUUACAUUGCGACUGAUGCUCAUAUAUGGAGCUAUUUUCUGGCUAUUUUGUUCGUUGUCAUGAUGGCUGGUAAUUAUGAAGCCAAGAUCAAAGAGACUUUACCUCGAUACAAUAUAUGGGUUUAUUCAUUGUUGGUGAUGCUGUUGUAUAGUUCAUCGCUUUGGAAUACAUUUGGCAUGAAAAUUGAACCGAUCACUACUUUAAUCUGUGUUUGUUUCAGUAAAUUUGUGGUCGGGUCAUGGUGCAUGUCAGUCUUUAUGUCUCAUGGAAGAAAAAUCAGAAGAUUUCUAGCUCAAUCGAAAUCGGUCGAUAUGUACAUUCAUCCCGAAGAGCCUAAUUCACAAUUGUUUGCUUCCAAAGAUGAAAUUGCUGCAUCAAAUAACAAUUUAGAACUAAUGACCAAAACAGAGAUGAAUAAUCGAAAGGAACGUUCCAGGUUGAGAAAACUGCAUCGAUUCGAGAUCGUACUCAGAAUAUUCAAACCUGCUUAUUUUGUUCAUACCACUGUUUAUGCCUGGUACUUCACAAGCUUACGAUCAACAAUUGCACCCAGUUUAUUAAAUUAUAUAUCGUUUACAACUUCAUUAGUAACUUUGGCAUUAUUUUGCGGUUUUUUCUUCCAUAUUCUGAUUCUUGGGCCAAUUGAAAGGAUCAACUACAUUUCCUCAAAGAAAAAAACCAAAGCUAAAAUGCAUUCUUCCUAGGCUUUAAUCAUUAAACAAUCUAUCAAUGUUUCAAUUAA